AUGGUGCUUCUUGACAAUCACCAAUCUGCUGUUGGCAGCAAGUUCGACGUGGCAGACCUGAAGACGCAAGUUCUUGUCAAUCAGUUGGAGCCCCCUGUUGCCGACAACUUCAUGUACGACUUCAGGUACAAUCAUGCUCUUCCUACUUCGGACGUUCUAGGAAUCGAAAUUCCCCCUAAUUGCGAUGCUAAAAGGGAAGCCGAGACUAUUGUGGCGAGUCUCUCGGAGACUAUGGGGACCGCGCAUGCUCAAGCGUUUGCUGACAUGUUCCUUGAACAUGGCGUUUGGCGUGACAAGCUGUCUUUCACCUGGGACUAUCGCACCUUCAAUUUCCGUCCUGCAAUCCUGCAAGCCGCCACCGACCUAUUCCUUCAGACCAAGGCGACCAACUUUAAGUUCUUGACGCCUGCGCCCACUGUUUCUCACUCUCAACCCGACUUUGCCCAGUUGCAAUUUGUCGUCUCUUUUGAGACACAGAUUGUCGUUGCUUCAGCGGUCAUUAACGCUGUUCUCACGAAGGAGGGCUGGAAGAUCUACACCAUGCAUACCGUCGCAGAAAAGUUGAAGCAAUUUCCGGAGGUUCCUCCGGUAGACGGGCAUAUGACUGGCCCUGUCAGCUGGGAGAUGCAAAGAACACAGGAAAUAGAAGCUGCCAACCCUGAAGUGCUGAUCAUUGGCGGAGGUCAGAAUGGACUCGCCCUGGCCGCCCGAUGUAAAGCUCUUGGUAUGGAAGCGCUCAUAAUUGAGCGUAGCGAGGAGAUUGGGGAUGUCUGGAAGAAGCGCUACGAGUACCUAUCCCUGCACUUUCCUCACUGGGCCGAUGACCUGCCUUAUUUUCCAUACCCCAAGCGCUGGCCCACGUACACUCCCGCGCAAAAGCAGGGUCUCUACAUGCAGUGGUACGCCUCGGCUCUGGAAUUGAAUGUCUGGACCAAAUCAUCGGUCGUCAGCGCCGAGCAAGAUGACAAUAGAAACUGGACUGUAGUAAUCAACAAGGAGGGCAAGGAGAGCCGCACUCUGCACCCCAGUCAGGUCGUCAUGGCUACCUCGCUCUGCGGCGUCCCUAUGAUGCCCACAAUCCCUGGCAUGUCGGAAUUCAAAGGGGGCGUCAUCCGUCAUUCCACUGCGCACGGCAGCUCUCGGGACUUUAUUGGCAAGAAGGUGUGCGUCGUCGGCACUUCAUCGUCCGGCUUCGAUACUGCGUUCGACUGCUUGCGCCGCGGUAUCGACGUCACCCUUCUCCAGCGUUCUCCGACAUACAUCAUGUCUCUCUCACACUCAGUUCCCCGGAUGAUUGGAAACUACGCCCCGGACGAGGACGGCAAUCGCCCCAGCCUCGAGGAACAAGACCGUCUCUUCUUCGCUACCCCGCUCGGUCCCGCCGAGGAGCAUGCCAGGCGUACUGCUAAGACGCUCGAAGAUCUCGAUCGACCGCUUCUUGACGCUCUAAAUGCCCGCGGUCUUAGGACAUGGCGCGGCCAGCGUGGCACCGGCGGCGCGACCUUAGGGCAGACCCGAAACGGCGGGUUCUACUUCGAUGCCGGGGCCUGCGAACACAUCAUCAACGGCAAGAUCAAAGUCGAACCAGGGUACAUUGAACGAUUCACGGAAGAUAAAGUGAUUCUUAACGGUGGCCGGGAGCGUGAUUUCGACCUAAUUGUGUUUGCUACCGGGUUCUCCAACACUAUUGACUCCGUUCGUGCCACUCUUGGUGACAGGAUUGCCGACAAGUGCGGUCCCAUCUGGGGUAUUGACGAGGAAGGCGAGUUUAAAACCGCCUACCGGGAAACAGGUGUGGCUAAUUUCUGGAUCUUGGUCGGUUACCUGCCCUACACGCGCUUCCACUCGAAGAUGCUGGCUUUGCGGUUGAAGGCUUUGAAGGAGGGUAUCUCUCCUGCUCCUUACAAGAAUUAG